GACACGUACCGCGAUCACUGUAAAUUAUUAAAUGGAAUAAAGUUCAUUUAAACUUGAAAAAGCGCUUUUGUAUUCUCCAUGCGCAAGUGGUCCUUCGAGGGAAAAAGUAAAAUCAGUGUUCGACGUUUUCGUCAAAGUAGUGUUCGCGGCAAGUGCGUGUGCGAGCUGCCUGGCCGUCUAUACCGGCUGGGAUUUCGUCGUGGUCGUGCCUAGGCUAGCGCUGCUGGCCUGGAACUUCGUUCUAUCCAUAAUAGAACGAAAAUCAGACACGGAUUGGAGAAAAGAGCAUCAUCAAAAACCGCAAGUAACUCGGUAUAAGUCGAAUUUUUCGACCACCGACAUUCCUCACUUUUAAUAUGGAGUGAAGUUUGUGCAACCCGCAGCCAUCUUGCGGAACUUCGCAUUGGUUUUUGACUUUGACAGUUUGUGUCAUCUGUCACGUUUGACAUUGACGUACAAUAAAUAUCAAAACAAAGUGCUAUCAGCGUCGUUGUGCCUUCCUUUAAAAGUGUUUGUGCAUUCGUUCGUCAUAAAUAAAAAUUAAAAUGGCUACCGAAACGGAAAACCUAAAAAAAUUACGCGUUAUACGCUCGCAGUGUAAAGGAACGAUUACGAGAAUCGACAAUUUUGUCAAGGAUCCCGUAUGUUUGGCAGCCGCCAGCGCCGAUAUAUUAGAGGCGCGAAAAGAGAAGCUCAUUUCCACCUUAAAAGAUUACGAAAAGGUGCAAAUGGACAUACUAAGCAUUGAUGAAGGCGAUGGUGAACAGGUGGGAGAAAUUGAAGACAAAUACUAUUCUAUAUUAGCAAAAAUUAACAGCUCUCUUAAAAUGUUAAACACAAAAGUGACUUCGGAUUGCCACAACGCAUCCACAUGUAAGUUGCCCACAAUAGAAAUUCCCUUUUACGAUGGAAAGGAUUUCACUAAGUUUAAACCCUUUUUCGACUUAUUUACUGCUGUUAUCGAUCAGAAUAACUCGCUGUCUGAUGUGCAAAAGCUUUUUUAUUUGAGAAAGUACCUACAAGAGGAUGCAUUGGCGGUUAUUCUGAACUUGCCAUUGGUGAACGAGUCAUAUAAACAAGCAAUACAAUUAUUAAAAAAGAGAUUUGACAACAAGGCUAGAUUAGUAGCAAACCAUAUAGGUAUAUUGUUAGAUAUUUCGAAUAUACAAAAGGGCACAGCAGCUUCCAUACGAACAUUUGUUUCACAAAUAAAUCAACAGAUGCAUGCAUUAAAAAAUUUAGAUGAACCCGUCGAUAAAUGGGACAUGCUUUUAAUAUCAAUUUUGACUAGAAAGUUAGAUCAAUUCACACACCGGGCAUAUCAAUUAGACCGGGACUCUGACACCAUGCCUACUAUGGCUGGUUUCAUUGAAUAUUUAGAAAAGCGUGCUAUAGCGCUCGAAGAUAGUCAUCCAAAUAAACAUAGUACCUACUAUGAUGGUGCUACCAAACAUGUUUAUAAUAAAAGUACUUGCUAUGAAGGUACUCACAAAUCAAUACCUAAGGUUACAAAUGUGGUAUCGAAGUCGUUGCCGCCCUGUAGGUACUGUGAUAACAAAGACCAUCAGAUAUAUAAUUGUCCCAUAUUUAAAAUGUUACCUAUUGCUCAGAGGCAAUCUUAUGUAACUGAAAAACACAUGUGUAAUGUAUGCCUCAAUAACCAUGAUGGUAAAUGUAAAUUUACUUUUAAAUGUAAAAUGUGUAAACAGGGCCACAACACAUUGCUGCAUCAGGAGCGCAAUGUGAAUGUGGAGAAGCCCAGAAUAAAUAAUGAUGACAGUCAGCAGCCACUAUCAUCUGAUGCUGGGCUGCAUAAAAACUGAAAAUGGACCGGUAUUCCAGAAUACCAUGUUAGGAUAUAUUGUCGGAGGAAGUAUCCCCGAGGAAGGUACUACAUGUAAUAUUGUAACAAAUUUAGUUAAUAAUAUAUCUGAUGGUGAAAAAUUGGAAAAUGUAAUGGAGCAAUUCUGGCUCUCUGAAAAACUUCCUGAAGUGGAAAAAUCUACAAAUGAUGAAUUUAAACAAGCUGAAAAAAUAUUUCAGUACUCUGUAUCACUUAAAGACAAUAGAUUUUAUGUUGAUAUGCCAUUAGCUUUCCCUAUGGAAGAGUUAGACCUUGGUGACUCAUUUUCUGUUGCCUAUAAUAGAUUCAUAAUGUUAGAAAAAAGGUUACAAAAAGAUCCUUUGCUAUUUGAACAAUAUAAAAAAUUUAUUGACCUAUAUCUGGAAUUAGGACAUGCAAAGAUAGUUGAUAUUGAGGGUUAUGAUUUAAAUGGUCCUGUGUUUUUUCUAGGACACCACUGUGUUUUUAAUCCAUCGAGUCGAACCUCACAUCAUCGUGUGGUCUUCGAUGGAUCGAUGAAAUCUAGAAAUGGGACAUCGCUGAAUCAAGUCAUGCUGAACGGACCUGUUGUACAGAGUGAGCUCUUUGAUAUUCUUAUUUUGUUCAGGACUUAUCCAUUUAUUUUAACUUGUGACAUUCAAAAGAUGUUUCGCAAUGUUUUUAUAAAUGAACAUCAACGCGGACUUCAAAACAUUUUAUGGCGCGAGUCGCCCAAAGACCCUAUCAACUGCUUGCAGCUUCAAACUGUUACAUACGGUUUAAAAUCGAGCACAUUUUUAGCUACAAGAGCUCUAAAUGAGAUAGCAAAUAUGCAUAAGGAUCAGUUUCCUUUGGCCGCUCAGGCUAUUUAUAAAAAUACAUUUGUUGAUGAUGUGCUUACUGGUGCUGAUGAUGUAGGGACACUUCAGGAGCUGAAAAAGCAAAUUGUAGAGCUUCUGAAAUUAGGUAGUUUCUCGUUACAUAAAUGGUGCUCGAACCAUGCUCCAGUCUUGAGCGAUAUUCCAGUUGAGCACAGACAAAUUGAUAGUGUAGAAAUAGGUCAAAAUGACACCGUGAAGACUUUAGGUCUUACACUCGAGGUAAAUUCAGACAAAUUGACUUUCUCUUGCCCUGCAAUCGAUGAGGCAAACAUAAUGAACACAAAAAGAAAAAUUCUCAGCUUUAUAGGGAAAAUGUUUGACCCACUUGGUUUAAUUGGCCCGGUAAUCGUGGUGGCCAAACUAUUCAUGCAAGAACUCCAUAGCUCUAUGCAUAAAGAUUGGGACUCAAUAAUCCCGAAUGAAAAAUUCCUAUACUGGUCAAAGUUUUUGGAAAAUUUAAGGCAAAUGGGUCAAAUUAAAAUAGAAAGAUGUGUAAACUAUAAAUUAGUAUCACAUGUAGAGCUAGUAGGGUAUGCCGAUGCAUCUAUUAAGGCUUUCGGGAGCUGUCUCUACCUAAGAGUUUUUAUGACUGAUGGCUCGAUUCAAGUGAACUUAAUAUGUUCCAAAAGCCGUGUGUCCCCACUUUCUAAAUCUCACACUAUUCCUCAAUUGGAGCUUUCUGCUGCUCUACUUUUAGCGCAAUUGGCAAGUAGAGUCAGUAAGAUUUUAAAUGAUAGAGUUCCUCAUAAAAUAUUUCUCUAUAGUGAUUCCCAAAUUGUUUUGUGGUGGAUCAAGACUGAGGCAGCAAAAAGUACUGUAUAUGUAAAAAAUAGAGUCAAACAAAUUGUAGAGCUUACUAAAAACUCACAAUGGCUGUAUGUUAGGUCAAAAGAUAAUCCUGCUGACUUAUUAUCAAGGGGAGUUGAACCGCAUAAGCUGCAGGAGUGUGAUCUAUGGUGGCAUGGUUCGCCUAGUCUUUGUAAUGUAAAUCAUACACAUACAAAUUUAGAAGAGUUUAAUCAUGACGAUAUCAUGACACGCAUAGACUCGCAUAGUGCUUCAUUGGAUGCGUCUUCUGACGAUGUAGAGGGAAUUUUGUGCCAUACCGCAAAUUUAGAGCCUCUAGAUUUAUUAAGAAAAUAUUCCAACAUAAAUAAAUUUCAAAAAGUGGUUGGUUUUAUUUACAGAUUUUAUAAUAACUGCUUGAACAAAGACAACAAAAUAACAAGCAGAAACUUAACUGCAAAGGAAUUGCGUGACUCUAUGACGAAAAUUUUACGUUGUACACAGGCAGAGCAUUUUGAUAAAGAAUUAGUCCUGCUCUCAAAAAAUAAGCCUGUGACAAUUAGUGAUCAAUUAGCAUUCCUAGAUAAAAACGGAGUAAUUAGGGCCGUGGGGAGGCUGCAAAAUGCAGAGAACCUGUCUUAUGACAAGCGGCAUCCAUCUAUACUUCCAAAAAACUCCUUUAUUACCGAUCUUAUUAUAGAACGAGAGCACUUAAGACUUAUGCAUGCAGGCGCUAGG